AUGAGGUUAUCGAACGGAAAUCGUCAAAUAAAUGGCAUUUAUCCUUUAAAGCAACGUCUUAAUCAAACAUUCAAAGAAAGCGAUUCAUCCAAGUACGAAACCGAACGAAUCGAACGGCAAUUAUCAUCCAUUGAUGGAGAUAUUCUUAUGUAUAAACGUCGUCUUGCCCAUCAAGAAGAUGAACAUACCCAAUGGAAGCAAUUAAUCACCCAUAUUCAACGCUUGUUAUUACAAGCGAAAAACGAAACACAGAAUGAAACUAUCACGCGCACGUCGUGUGAGAAAGCGACCCAACAACUACGUUCCGAUAUAAAUAAAUUACGUGAACAACAGCAAUCGAAACUAAAAGAUCUCAAACAGUCCGCCUUGUUAUUAGCACCAAGUUCAACAAAUGAUCGUGCACAUAUCUUCAAAUCCGAAUUGUCAAGUGCGAUUAGGAAGAUUCGACAAGACUUUGAACGACAAAAUGAUUCUCAACGUAAUGAACUGUACGGGCAAUUUACACGUGCAUAUGAAGAUAUUGCACGAGACUAUCCCGAGCUUGGUCAUUUGUUUUUGAACGAACGUGAACAGGAACGUACGAAACAAGAAGAAGAUCGUACACGUGCAGAUAUUCAACGUGUUAAAACAGAAACGAAUAUGUUGAAACAGAAAGCUGCCGAACUGAAACUGCGUACACGUGAAUUACAAAUCAAUCUGGAAAUGAGCAUUGAAGAAAACGCCCGUUUCGAACAACUACAACAAAACGAAAUCGAUCAAUUAAAAUCUAAACAGGAAAGAAUAGCAAGGGAUUACGACGAUGUCAUUACUAAACAAACAUCAUUAGAAAAAGAAAUAGAAACCUAUAGAAAUUUAUUAGAAGGUACAAUGAAAUCAGUUGUUGAUACAAUCACAGAAGAAUAUAACACGACAACAGCGAAUCAAACCACAACGACGACAACAACAACAACAACAACAAAUCAACAGCAAACACAACAACAGCAAUCGCAACAACAACCGAUAAGAAACGGUUUGUCAAGUCGUUCAUCACGUUCAUCGAGUGCUGAUCGUUAUUCAUCAACACCGUACUAUCCAUCGUCCAGACUCAACGGUCAUACAAAUGCAUAUUCUCGUUUCAUGGGAUACAAACAAAAUGGUGUCGAUUCAACGAAUACUUCACCAGCAGUCGAUAUUCCAGCGACAAUCACAGAAAAUGGCCUAUCGACAAGUAAAAGUGUCGAUGAUCUAAGUGCGAAAAAUGGUGUCAAUCCUUCUGAAGUCAAUGGAACAACAAAUGGUUCAUCUUCACCAAGUCGUCCUCCAACUAUUCUUCAAACUCGACGAAGUUAA